AUGGCUCCCAGCCAGUCGGCUCAACACCAGAAACGAUCUCGGGCCAGUGAUGCCGCAGAGAAAGUAUCGCGGCCGGGCGAGGAGCGAACCAAACGGCGCCGUACCUCCGAUGUGAUCGAUACUCAGAGCCCAAAGAAGGCCAAGGCUUCCAGCAAUGCUGAAGCUACAACCAAUGACGACCCUCCGUCGCAGGAACUGCGAGAGCGAAAGAGUGCCGCACCAUGGUCAUUUUCACGUCCCGUCGGUGGCCGCUAUAGCAAUCUGGACCCCGUCAUGACUACAGAUGAGGCAUAUCUCUUCGUGGGACUCGACACUUCAGUGCAAGUAUUUGCAACCGCUACCUCUCGCCUCCUCCGUACCCUGCAAAUGGAAGCCGGCCAGAAAGUGAUUGGAUACCAACUGUGCCCCAUCGAAUCCGAUAUUCUCUAUAUUUUCACACCUGGUUUUGUGACCAAGUGGGACUGGGAUUCUGGAAAGCGGCUUGCCCGCUGGGGGACUGAUGCCCCCACCGCGGCGGUUGAUCUAUCAGUGCUCGAGAGAAAGGACCAGCUAGCAUCAUACUCGAUAGUCUCCCAGAAGGACGGGAAGAGGCAGAUUUUGAUUAACUCACUAGGUGAAAAGAAGCUCGCCGGUAUCUCAGUCCUUGUAACCAACGAGCCGAUCAACACCAUUAAAAUUGCAUGUGGGGGCCGAGUCAUCGUCGCUUGUGAUGGAUCCCAUCUGUUCCUGGGUACUACUUCGAGCGUUGAUCUCGAAUUGCUCGAGUCUACUCAGUACACGUGGCGCGAGGCUACCCUCCCAGCUCCUGCCACCUGUUUCCACCUGCGUGAAAGUUCCGAUGAAAGUUCGGAAUCCUCAGAUCCCGUGGUUGACUUGGUAGUCGGUGACACUGGCGGAUACAUCUUGAUAUAUCAAGACAUUCUCAGCACCCUGUUUGGUCAUUCCGUGGAGAAGAAAUCCCCACCCCGCAAAUUGCACUGGCACCGAGGUGCUGUCAGUUCCGUGCGAUGGUCCAGAGAUGGCAAUUAUCUUAUUUCAGGUGGCCAGGAAUCGGUGCUGGUGCUGUGGCAGCUUGAUACUGGACGAAAGCAGUUCCUUCCUCAUCUUUCCUCGCCCAUAUGCAAUAUAAUUGUUUCACCGAACGGAAACUCUUAUGUCGUCAAACUGGCUGAUAACUCGGUUAUGGUCUUGUCUGCUCGAGAGCUGCAGCCCUCCGCCAAUGUGACUGGUCUCCAACUAAGCACUGAAAGCUACAAGGACUCUUCUCCACGAGGACCUUGCGGUGCCGUUGCUACCUUGCACCCGCAGCACCCCGAACGACUGCUGGUUACAGUUCCCGCUUCUUACCACAUUAGUCAACAGGGGCAGCAGCGCCCAAGCUCUGCUGUUCUCCAGACAUUCGAUAUCCGCGCCAAUUGCCACAUCUCCCGCCAAGCUCUGGCACGAACCAACGCAACAACCUUGGAUAUUGGCCCAGACGGAACUCCUAUCGUCGCUCCCGAUGUCCGCCAGAUGGACAUCAUACAGGAUGGAAAAUGGUUAGCCACCGUCGAUUCAUGGGUGCCGAAUCCUCAAGACGUAGAAGCUUUGACUUUUAGCACUCAAAAGAACGACCUGGCUUCAUCGCGCCCCGAGGUCUACCUCAAGUUUUGGAAGUGGAACCCAUCAUCCGACAGUUGGGAAUUGGUGACGCGCAUCGACGGACCCCACUUCAGUGAUUCUCGUCAUGCUACCGUCCUUGGCCUUGUGGCUCGCCCAUGCUCCCAUGAGUUUGCCACCCUUGGAGCCGAUGCAUCCCUCCGCUUCUGGUGCCCAACCGCCCGGCACCGAAGUGGCCUGAAUACCGAUGCGUCUAAAAAGAACCUUGACACUUGGAAGUGCCGAAGUGUGGUCGAUUUGAGUGCAUCGCUCGAAAAUGCCACGCGCGCUCUUGAGACAGCCUGUAUAAGCUUCUCUGAAGACGGGUCUGUCCUUGCUGUUUGCUUGCCCUCUCAUUCCGGUCCAAGCGAUGGUCUUGUUCUUCUGGUUGAUGCCCGAAACGGCACUGUACACUAUCGCCGGACCGGGGUCUUCUUUGGAAAGCCCUUAUCCGCGAAGUUCCUCGGAAAGUACUUGAUUGUCGCUUCUUCCGGGUCCGUGGCUGUUUGGGACACUGUUGACGAUGUCGUCAAGCCAAUUGAGCUCACCGAAUCGACUGGCUCUACCGAUGUGAUGUUCUUACCCUUGGUUGCGGUCAAUUCACGAACUGAAACUUUUGCUAUCGCUAUCCGCCGCGGUGGCAGCUCGAACAACCCCCAAAAGAAGCGGCGCAAGGCUCGGUACUAUAUCCGAAUUUACGAUGUCCCGUCCUUUGAUUUAGUAUUCCAAGAAACUCUUGGCUGCAGUCCCUUGGCGCUCCUAUCAGACACAUACACCGGCGACUACAUCAUCAUUGAUUCAACUGUCAGUGUGCAGCGCCUUGGCUGCUUGGAAAAGGCAUCACAGAAGAGCACACAGCCACAGGAGGUGACCAGCCAGCUGAAUUCUGGACUAGCUAGCAUCUUCAGCCAGGCACACGAGCGACCCGCAGCACUGCCGGCUGCUGAGGAUGACCAUUCUACUUCUCAAAAUAAGGCGCUGGCCACGGUGUUUGGAGACACACCGGCCUUCUCCCUCCCCUCCAUCGGUGUUCUCUUCAGGAACGUGGUGCAGACCCUGGGUUCAAGCUAA